GCUGCGGUGAGUGCGGGACGGAGCAGGGACGCACCUGCAGCCCCGGCAGGAGCCCCGGCCGGAGCAGGGGAUGCUGGAGGGAGGCCACAACCUCUCUGUCACUUCCCUCCUCAGCCUGGGCAGGGAACAGAGCACGGAAGGAAAGACUCGAGGGUCUGGAUAAGGGACAGUUGAAUCACUGGUGACGGGCACAACACACUUGUCAGGAAAAUUAAUGCACAAACAUCAGAGGUUUAUGUCCAAAAAGGAGACAGAGGAGUCCUUUUACUUUAUUCGAAUAAAGAGAGAGGCCAUGGAACAUUGCCUUGGGCUCUCAAAUUUUUGGAGGACGCAGCCUCCUUAUAUCCCAAUUUCCCAGCCGCAUUUCCCUUCUCUUUCACCAUUUAGCGAGCCUUAUGCAUAAAGCAGUCCGUGUCAAUUUGUAACAUUUUCUGAAAGUGAUGGCUUCUCCCAAUAUUUCCUUAUGUCAAAGUCCCUGACCGUAUCUCCAAGCAUAUUCACUCAUUGACUCUGUUUUUCUUCCUGGGUCCUCUUUGCUUUCGGGAUUAUUCUCGGUGCCCUCACAGUAUUCUAUUUAUGAAUAUUUAUGAAAGAGGACACCUUUAAAACGUUUAAAGCUCUUCUAGUUUUGCAACUGCAGCCUAUAGGUGAACACCAUAAAUCCAGUACCAAAACUUUGCAAUCUCCAACAGCCACACAAACACAUGCACAAAAAGAAUUCAAAGGAAUCAAGAUUUUUUCUACUUCUGCAGCUAAGAAUAAAGAUUGAUUCUCACACCCCUGGCCCAGACCCAACUGAUAAUAUAAAAGUAGGAAUAUUAAGAAAAAACAUUCUCAUGCCAGGCAGCCCAGUGUGUGAGUGUCAGGGAGCCCCAGAGUGGAAUUGUGCCGCUGUCUUGCCCAGCAGCUGUGGCGAGUGCAGGCCCAGCAAGCCCUGAAGCUGCAGCAGUGGCAGCAAGGAUUGGCGCCAGUGGCUGGAGAUGCCAGAGGAGGGUGGGCAGGCAGAGGAUUUGAGCAGAGGAUGUGUGGGCAGGCCCAGGGCCUUGGCCCGCUCUGGAGCCCUGGCUGCUGCUGCGUUGCCUUCAGUGCAGGCUCAGGGGCGGCCUCCCAUCCUCCUGCUGCGGGCGGGAAGUGCAAAUCUCCGGGGCUUCGGAGCCCUUGAGCCCAGGCUGAGGGGUCCCCCCGUGUUCAGCUGUGCUGGCGGCUGUUUCUGGCCUCAGGGACGCUUGGCAUGGGCCCCUUGGCCACCAGUGCUGCUGCUUUGCACUCCUUAGGCAGGAGCCGAUGUCCUGGCUGGGUGUUGGGAACAGCCAAGUGCCAAGGCAGGCUCUGUGCCAGCCCAGCUUCCUGUGGGAGAAUAUACCUUGAUAUCUGAUGCAGUGGUUGCUGCAGCAGUCAGAAUUGCUUUUGCCCCCCUGUUAGGUGACAUGGUGUCAGCAGAAGCUAUUGAAGCCUUCCUGCUCAGGGCAUUUCAGUGCCAGGCUCUUGCAAGCACACACAGCUCCGCCGGUUGAGCUGACCAUGGGGCGGUGACCUGCGCUGGGUCUGAUUCCCCUUCCUUCCCUCCCCUGGAUCAGGGUGGUGCUUUUAGACACCACUUGUCCUGGUUGCUUCAAAGUAAUUUGGAGAGGCUCCAUAUCUAAUAUUCCCAAUUUCCCUGGUGCUGCCCACACUUCAGGUUUCACUUCAGCACAGGCUUUGCCAGACAUUUGCCACAGUGGUACUACAGAACUAGCCUCUCUAUCACCUUUUAGAAUAUUAAUGUGCAUUCCCAAUUUGGCGAUGAAAUCCCUUCCCAGUAAAUGAUAAUCACAAUUAGGAGCAAAUAAAAAUUCAUGCAUUUCAAACCUAUCUCCCACAUCUUCUAAUAGUGGUUGAAUAAAAGCACCCAUCUUUCCCACUUCUCCCCUGAAUAAUCCAAGACAUUUUUGGCAUUUUUCCCCACCUUGGGUCUAAGAUUCAGAGCAGAUUGAGAGGCCCCUGUGUCCAUCAGGAGAGGCCUCCUCUCGAUGCAGACCCACCCUGAAUGUUCUCAAGGGCUCCAGUGUGCCCCCCUGAUGUGUCACUCGUCUGUCUCCUGGUCACUCUCGGGUACCCAAUCCAUCCCCGGUGCCGCCGCCACCCAAGGGAGCCGAUCACCCAAACUGGGUGAGGCACCUUCAGCUGCACUCACUGCCCGCCGCCCUGGACGGUGGAAGGAAUUCCGGACGAGUCCCAAGGAUUUUUCAUUCCCAGGGUGUGGCCACAUGGAGGAGGAGGAAAAGCCCUGGAGAUUCCGCACAAGGAGGGGCUGCAAACCCAGCCCAGGGAGCUGCAGGGAGGAAAGAGCCCCCCUGAGCCAGGAAGGUGGCCGGAGAUCCAGCCAGAGCUCAGAGCUGGUGAAGAAGCCUCAUGGCAGGGAGAAGCCCCACAAGUGCUUGGAAUGUGGGAAGAGUUUCAGCAGGAGUUCCAACCUAAUCGAGCACCAGGUGAUCCACACUGGGGAACAGCCCUAUGAGUGUGAGGAAUGUGGAAAGCGUUUCGGCUGGAGCUCCAGCCUGAGGCAGCACCAGGUGAUUCACACUGGAGAACGGCCCUUUGAAUGUGGGGAGUGUGGGAAGAGCUUCAGUCACAACUCUGUCCUGAUCCAACACCAGAGGAUCCACAGUGGGGAAAAGCCCUUUGAGUGUGGGGAAUGUGGGAAGAGCUUCAGGCAGAGGGGCCAACUGAUGCAACACCAGAUGAUCCACACAGGGGAGAGGCCUUAUGAGUGUGGGGAAUGUGGGAUGGGCUUCAGCCAGAAGGGCCACCUGACGCAACACCAGAUGAUCCACACUGGGGAAAAGCCCUAUGAGUGUGGGGAAUGUGGGAAGAGCUUCAGCCAGAGCUCUGGCCUGAGGAAACACGAGAGGAUCCACACUGGGGAAAAGCCCUAUGAGUGUGACGAGUGUGGGAAGAGCUUCAGCAUGAAGUUCCAGCUGACGGAACACCAGAGGAUCCACUCUGGGGAAAAGCCCUACAAGUGUGGGGAAUGUGGGAAGAGCUUCAGAGACAGCUCAGCCCUGAUUCGGCACCAGGUGAUCCACACAGGGGAACGGCCCCACACCUGCUUGGAAUGUGGGAAGAGCUAUGGGUGGCACUCCGACCUGAGAAAACACCAGCGCAUCCACACCGGGGAGAAGCCCUACAAGUGUCCUGAGUGUGGGAAGAGGUUUCAGAUCAGCUCCAGUCUUAUUGUACAUCAGCGGAGUCACACGGAUGAGAGGCCCUUCCGCUGCCCCGACUGUGGGAAGGGCUUCAAGCAAAACUCCAAACUCACCAUCCACCGGCGCAUCCACACUGGGGAGAGGCCCUAUGAGUGUGCUGAGUGUGGGAAGAGCUUCUCCACGAGUUCAAUCUUGACCAAACACCAACGGAGGCGCCACUAAGGGAAGCCCAGUGAGUGCCCCGAGUGCGGGAAGAGCUUUGUGCUCUGCUCCAGCUCCAUCCGCCAUGGGAGGAUCCGCGUUGGGUGAUCCCCAGUGACCCCUGUUGGGCAGAGUCCUGGUGAUCUCUUGUCCUGGUGAUCCGUGUUGGAAAGACACCUGGCAGGGUGUCUCCACAUCUUCCUGGCUCCUCUGGGCAUAUGGAUGUAUACAGGGGGAGGAACAUCCAUCGGGACACAGACCAGCAAUGGGAAUUCCUUGGGGAGAGCGGAUUUGUUGACUUUCAACCCCAGAACAUCUUUUCCGUUCAAUCCUAUCUUCUGGUGGCAUCAAGGAAUACUGAAUGGUGUUGGAGGUCUUUUCCAGUUUCAGGCAUUCCACAAUUUCGAUUUCCUAUUGCCCAAAGGUGUCUUUGGCAGCCAAAUGGUGAAAAAAGUGGGGAAAAGAUCAAGAUUUUGGAGACAGUGGGGUAGAAACUUCACCAAAAAAAGGUUCUUCUCUCCCACCAAGCACUCUGCCAGCAUGAACACGGAAAUCCUUUUCUUUUGGCCUUGUUUUUCUUUCCAUUUCUCUUCAUCCCUUAAAAAUAUCCGAUAUUGGGAUAAAAUAAAGACAUUGAAUUAAGACA